AUGCUGUUUCUGUUACUUUUAUUGCUGACAGUGCUCUUCCAAGGUGGUGACCACAUGGAUGAUUUCCAGGGCCCAACCUCCUUCUACGUCAUCCAGAUAUCAUCCUUUGCCAACAGCACCUGGACCAAAAAUCAAGGCUCGGGCUGGUUGGAUGAUGUGCAGAUUCAUGGCUGGGAGAGUGACUCAGGUACCGCUAUUUUUCUGAAGCCCUGGUCCAAGGGCAACUUCAGUGAUCAGGACUUGGAGGUGGUGCUGGAUGCAUUUCGAGUCUACUUCAUUGGAUUUCCUCGGGAACUAAGGAAUUACGCCAGAGAAUUCCAGAUGGAAUAUCCGUUGGAGUUCCAGAGCAGAGUAGGCUGUGAGCUGCGUCACGGAGAGGGUCCAGCAAGUUUCUUCAGGACAGCUCUAGGAGGACUGGAUCUCCUGAGCAUCCAGAAUUAUUCAUGUACACCUGCUUCAGAGGGUGGCUGGAGGGCAAAGAAGUUUUGUGCAAUAAUCCUUCAGUACCAAGGGGUCCUGGAAAUCAUUGAGAAACUCCUCUAUAGCUACUGCCCCCGAUUUCUCUUGGGUGUUCUCGAUGCAGGGAAAUCUGAUCUACAGAGACAAGAGAAGCCUGUGGCCUGGCUGUCCAGGGGACCCACUCCUGGUCCUGACCGUCUGCUGCUGGUGUGCCGCGUCUCUGGAUUCUACCCGAAGCCUGUGUGGGUGACGUGGCUGAGGGGGGAGCAGGAGCAGCCUGGCUCUCGGCGAGGUGAUGUCCUGCCCAAUGCUGACGGGACCUGGUAUCUCCGAGUCACCCUGGACGUGGCAGCUGGGGAGGCUGCUGGCCUGUCCUGCCGAGUGAAGCACAGCAGUCUCGGUGGCCAGGACAUUGUCCUCUACUGGGAACAUCCCAUCUCCGUUGGCUUGAUCUGUUUGGCAAUCACAGUGCCAUCCUUGCUCCUUUUCAUAGGCCUUGCAUUAUGGUUUAGGAGGCACAGGAUCAUAGGUCAAAGUGGGUUAAAUAAAAUUGUGCAAGAAGAAUUGUAUUUUCAGAGAAUUUGA